GUUUUCGACGGUUGCCUAUCUUUCCCAGCAUUUGUCUCGAUUUGUCCGGUUUCGCUACGAAUUCUACGUUAAAUAUUGCAAAAGUAUGAAACAAUAAUUAGUAUAAAACGAAAAUAAGCGUGUUAAUAGGAAUCAUUAACAUUUUAGAGCAACAUUUAUAUUCAUCGAACGAUGCAAUAUUGGUCUAACGUACGGUGAAGAUGAUCUGGCGUGAAAAUCGUUUGCAUGCCAACUGCCCUGGCUAACUAGCAGCAUCAUUCUGAAAGUCCAAAAUGGGACUUUCAACUCUUUUUGGAGGAAAUGCAUCACCACGCCAACGACAAGCAGUUGGCCUCAAACAGAUUCGCCACACAGGUCGACCGCAGCGGCUCAGCUUAGGGCGGCAGCUGCGCACGCUCAUGUGCUUCACCACCGAGGAGAAGCUGUCGCGGGGCGGCGCCAGCGGCGACAAGCGGCGCUGCAAGAGCGGCUCGCUGUCGCAGCGGCUACGGCUGUCCGAGUCGUGCGAGGAGCAGGGCGGCUGCUCGCAGCUGGACACGCUCACCGGUCUGGUGGUACGGCCGAGCACGUGUCCGCCGCCGCAGACGGACGGAGAGCAACCGGCGCCGCUGGCCGAGCAGACGUCCUCGUUCACACUGUCCUCGCUGAACGAGGAGCAGCUCAACUCGUACCUCACUGUGCUGCUGAAGAGCUGCAGCGCCACGGACGGCCAGUCGCUCGCGGCCGCCGGGAAGCGGCACCAGUCUGUGUGCGGCACGGUGGUCGAAAUAGAGACACAACCGCCCGAGCCUGCACAGUCUGCCGUUGAUGACGCGGAGGAGGCGAUUAGUGCCGCGCCGUCCGCGGCCCCUAAGCCGACCAGGCGGCCCACGCGGCGCGAGUGUGAGGAGCUGAUCCGGCGCCACGAGCAGCUGUUCGGGCCGAUCGUCAGCAGCCGGCCGGCGCCGGUGCCGGAGCUGUGCCAGCCGCCGCCGCCGCCGGACACCGCCUACCUGCACGUGCCGUGCCACAGCGACGCCGAGCCGCGCGACCCCGAGUGGGACGCGUGGCGGCCGCACUUCAGCGUCGCUCCCGACGGCGUCUGGCGUGUGGUCGGCAGCGACAUCGGCGACGACACCGAGUGUCCACCUCCACCGCCGUCCGCGGCCGCCGAGGAGGCGCCGCCGGCCGACUCUGGGGCCACCAGACGGCGCCGCCUGCUUGGUGCUCUGCGGAACAGGUGGGCAUCGCUGGUCCGCGCCCACCACAAGAGCCGCGCCCCGGACCCGGUGCCGGCCGGCGACACUCCGAUCGAACCCGAAACAGCCUCCGCACACGGCGAGCCCUCAGAGGCGGUCCAGGAGAAGGUCCUCUCUGAGGCGACGGCCGAUGACCUACUGAGAGACAUGGCCGACGCCGAGGUGGCGGCAUGCACCGCGCUCGAGGGGCCGCACGAGCCGGCCGAGCUGCCGCGGCCCGACCCGCUCACCUACCGGGGCGGAGCGUUCCGACCGUGGAACCGCUUCUUCGGUCGGCCGGCGGUGGACGGGGCGUCCACGGGGGCUGACGAGACGUCCCUGCCGGACCGGAAGGAGGCCCGCGAGACGUCCCAGCCGGACCCAGUGGCACAGGCAGAGGCGGCCGACUCAGGUGCCGGUGCCGCCGGCGGAGCGCCGCCGUCGCUGUGGUGGGGCCUCCCGCCGCCGCCGGACGUCGGUCGUCCUCCUUCGCGGCGGGAACGGCGGCCGCCGCCUGUCGAUCGGCAACAGCUGUGGCUGAGCAGACCCGAGCUGGCACAGCUGUUCGCCGCCGCCGGACUGGGACCGGCCGACAUGACCCGCUGGGUGCUCUGCGUGCCGCGCGAGCCUGAGGACGACGCUGUGCCUCCACCGCCGCCGCAGGUCACCGAGGGUUCCCCUGUGGAACCGCGCGAUCGCCGGGCGCCGCCAGCCACUCCACGCGAGAAGUUCUUCGAGGAGCUCAUGGGAACUCCCCCGGCUGAGCCGCGCACUGAGUCACCGGCAGAGCUCUGUGAUAGACCGGAUAACACCCGGCCUACUGCCGGCGACGGGGUCGUAAUACAGCAAACAAACACGGCCGAUAUCGCUACCCCGGCCACACAGUUCGCCGCUGGCUGGGGCGGUCCCGCAAAACCCGGAACGCUGAAUCGUGACCAGGCUCAGCGGGACGAAACACUUAUUUCUAUUGACCUCGGUGGGCUGGCCGGCCAGGACAUGCCAAUGUGUUCUGAUGUGUGCACGUUCCUGCUGCCCGAGUACCAGGAAGGGGCCGUCGCGGGGAGCCCCUCCGGCCCAACGUCCCCUCGGGACGCCAGGGAACCGUACGAGACGUACGGUACGGAGCAGUGGGGUCGUCUCGGCACCCGACGGCCGGCCAGGCGACACAAGCCGGCCAGCCCGGCACCUGCCGCCCAGCCGGUAGGCAGGUUCGACUCGGAGACGGAACUGGGAGCCCACCUGUCGGAGUGGGGCCGCGCCGCCCCCGGCCCCGACAGCCACGAGAGUCAGCUGCGCAACUCGAGCGUGCGGCCCAUCGACUCGGAGGUGGACAUCGCGCAGGUGCUUCACGAGCAGAGCGGCUACGCCACGCUGGGCGAGACGGCGGCGCCGGCGGCCGGCGGCUACCAGACGCUGCCGCUGCACGAAGUGGACUCGGAGACAGAGCUGGGCCUGGCGCUGCCGCUCACCGACCCGGAGCGGCCGCUCGGCGCCGCCCGCCACCGCCAGGUCACCGCCUAUGACUCGGAAACUGAGGUGGGCGCGCUGCUCCGCUCGCUGCACGCCACCGACUCGGAGACGGAGAUGGGCGAGCGGCUGCGCCGGCUGUCGGAGAGGAGCGGCGAGGGCGCGCAGCCGGAGCAGCGGCGCGCCGUGGCGCCGUCCGACAGCAUGACCCGACUGCCGGCCGCACCCGUCCAGGUCGACUCCGAGACGGAGAUGGGCGUGGUGCUGAGCCUCUUUGAACAGGGGAUGCUGUCCUCGCGCUACUUCGCCGGAGUGCAGCUGCCUGACGAGCCUCAGUCUGCAGACCUGUACUCGUCCGUGGAAGCUGAGGAUGAAAAGGCAGACGGCGAGACAUCUGUCGAUCGUGUUGGCCUUCCGAUGCCCCUUGAUGACAUAUACGACGCAUCCAAACGGGUGUCUCAGAAGGUGAUCAAGAAGGCGCUGUUUCUAUUGGGCUGUGACCCGCUGUCGCGGCCCCUGGCGCGCACUGGCAGCAGUCCGUUCGGAACCAGUGCCGGUUUGGACGGCAUCGAGCUGGAGCGCGACGGAUCGGCGGCCGACGGCGACCGGCACAGCCCGCUGCCCGGUGCGGAGGGCGCGUGCGACCCGCAGCGGGUGAUCCCCGAGGUGCGGCUGACCACGUCGGACGGCUCGCUAGUGGUGCUGUUCCCGUCUCGGCCGGCCGACAUCGGCGACACCGGCUACUACGAGACGGACGAGGGUCUGGUGGUGCGCCUGCAGAAGCGGCCGCCGCGGCCGGUGGCCGAGUCGCGCGGCUUCCAGCCGACCGAGGCCGGUCUCAGCCAGUCGGAGCGCGAGCUGAGCUCAGUGCGCCGCCAGCUGGCCGACCGGUGCGCCGACGCCGCACUGCGCCGCCGCAGCCCGUCGCCGCGCGCCUGCUCCGACGACGGCGGCCUGCGCGUGCUGUACCGCGCCGACGGCGCCGAGCCGUGGCAGCCGGUGUCGCCCGAGGGCCUGUCGGGCCUGUCGCUGACGCCCACCGACCCGGAGCUGGCCGCGCUCCGCUGGAGAAAGAGCUCGCGCGGCGAGGACGGCGACCCGGAGGCGUGGUCGGCCGGCGGCGAGUCGGCGACGCCGCCACCUGCCGAGAGCCAGUCGCAGACCGAGCUGCGCAAGGAGAAGGCGGCGCCUCCGCCCGGCGUCGGCGGCGCCAACUCGUGGUGCUGACGUCACAGAUUUUCGGAGACCAGAUAAAUUACCGUGUUUUUUUCUAGAGGAGAAACGUUCGAAAUUAAAAAAUGUUUCGUUGUAUGCUUGGUCCUGUCCUGCUAUUUAUCACUGCUCAAUCGUUUCACUGUGUUGUUAUUGCCCUGUGUAAUAAUUGUUGCUCAAUGUUCUGUAAACAAAACGCUCAGCGAGGAUAUUUCCAAAUGGGAGUUGGAGCUUCUACGUAUUUUUCUCGGCUAGUCCUAAUUCCAUGACCGGAGCAGCAGAUGCGCUAGGAAUGUCUACGCACUUUUCAAGGGCUGUUGUUUUUAAAUAAACAGGCUGUGAUUGUUCA